AAUGGGGGAAGUUGUUCAUCCUUCUGAUAAGCGAUUGAACGAUGAAAUAGAAUUCUCUGAAGAUGAUUUUUCAUUAUUUAUCAAUAAAAUUCAAGGUAAAAUUGAGAAAAUCGACGAAGAAAAGCGGAUAGCCUUACAUAAACUUAAUACGGAGAUUACGUCAUUAAUGAUAAGCAUACACGAUAGACAGGAAGAUAUUCGAACUGAAAUUGAAUUAUUCUACUCGGAAAAGAAGGAUAAUCUUAAAAAUAUUGUAUCGUAUAUUGAAAGAUUAUACGAAAAUCGUAAGAAAAUUCCAGAUAAGAUAUUAAAAAGUGAUUUUUCAAAGAUGAUUGAAAACGUUAAAUACUACGCCGAUAACCUAAUGAGAAAGAAGGGCGUUUUCCAAAAAUCCGAUUCUUUAAAUGGCCUUGAAAUUGGCAAUCUUAAAAUACCAAAUUUUGAAAAUCCAAUUAAAGAAGAAUUCAUAGAAUUUCAUGAUAAAAUUGAUAAAGUAAUAUCGAACGAAAAUGGAUUUUAUGUUCUUAGAAAUUCAUGCGAAAUUGUUGAAUUACAAAGAAAUCAGGUUAUUUAUAGUGUUGAUGGUAAAAUUGAUAGUAUAACAAUGACAAACGAUAAUAGAAUAUCUUAUAUUCAAUUAUUGAAAUCUUCAGCAACUGUAUCAAUUAUAACAAAACCUUUCUACAGUUCUGAAUAUUAUACUAUUCAAAAACAAUCUAAUGAGAGAUUUACUGAACAAUUUGCAGUUUUAAAAGAUUUUAUCCUUCUCUAUCAAAAUUCAACAAUUGUCAAAAGACAUAAAAAAACAACGGAAACUGUAUCCUUAUCAAGUAGAAUAAUGAAAUUUGAACAUAAUAUUGUUAUGGAAAAUGUUUUAUACAAUAUAUCUGACAAUCUAUUAGUAUUUGCUGAUUUAGAGAAGAACGAAUGGAAAGAUAUUAUCAUUCAAGAAUUAGACGAAGGAGGUAAUAAAUCAGUAUUACGAAAGAUAAUUGAUUAUAUAACAACAAAAGGAUUUCUUGUUGUAUGCGCUAAUGAAAAUAUUAUUCUUAUCUGUCCUCAAAGUCUAUUGGCAAUGACAAUCAAAAUGGAGAGAGUAUUCCCUCAAGAAAGAUUAUUAAACUAUAGAAUUGAUAACGAACAAAUUAUCUUUUGCCUAUCCUGUUUAGAGGAUGAAUCUAGAUUAAUAUUCAAAUAUUUUCCAAUUAACCUCAAUUAUAACUUUGUUUAA